ACCAUAACCGAAUCCCCAUCUCUCUCUCUUUCCUUUCUCCUCCAAACUACCAGCCGCCAGCAUCCUUCUUCCCCAUGGCGGAAACUUUCUUCUCCACCAUCUUCAACCUCCCUUUGUUGAAACCUUUUCCUCCUCAUCUCUUCUCCUUCUUGUUCCCUUGACCGAACAUUCUUCUUCUCUCCAUCUUCCCAUCUUCUUCUCCUGUAACCGAACCCACCCCUUCCAGCAGCCACCGAAUCUCCCUUUCUCCUAUCAAUCAUCCCCUCUCCACACCUCUUCUCCUUCUCUUCUUUUCCCUGUAGCUGAAACCACGAAUCUGAAACCAAAACCCAAAACCCAAAACCCAAAACCUGCAACACAACGACCAUCUUUUCUUCUUGUCUUCACCAAACCUGGACUUAUCUAUCGGUCCUAUUCUCUCUCUGUCAUGUGCCAUUGAAGAUACCUGCAACUGAAUUCAAGCUAGCUCUCUCUCUCUCUCUUUGAUUGGAUCUGGAUUCUUGAAACUCUUGUUCAUCUCAUUGGAAGACCUUAAAUGCCGACUUCAACAUAGCUUUUUCUCUUGAAGAGUUGCAGGAGGCUUUCACGUUUUCUGUAGUGGCUACAGUCACAGUAGAAAUGUGCCAAAACAUGGCAAAUGCAAUACAAGCUUAAGAUGAGAUGGAAGAUAACUCUUUCCAAUGGGUUAAGAUGGAUGAAAGAAAAUUUGGAAAGCUAUACAACGGGAUCACCGAUUUACCAGAGUCCAGAUCAACUAGUUUCGGGUCGAGACUCUGGUUUGGUCGAUGAACCUCUUCACAGGAGGGAAGUUGAGAUCGAGGAGCGGCAGAUGAGAUGGGAUGGAUAAAUGGAUUCUCUCUUCGUAGAAGAACUGAUUCCCCUUCAGAAAAAGGGAAUUUGGGCAAUCCGGAACAACUCAGAAGACAAUCUCAUAAGAAUUCCAGGAUAGUUUGUUCAUAGUAGUGAUUCUUCAUGAGGGUCGUACUCGUACUGAACCAGACCUCUCUUUCUCGCCACUUUGUGACUGCGAAACACUUCGAGAACUUGAUUUCCUCAAUUAGAAAGCCUAGUUUGCUUCAAUUGAAUGCAGCACAAGCCAUUGAAGAAAACGUGUUUGGGCGAAUCCUGGACAGAUACCCAGAUAUCCCUGAAUUGAAGAAGCUCCAUUCCAAGAUCUUUGUCAAUGGACAUCUCUGCUCCAACCCAUCCCUUGGUAUCAAACUAAUGAGAGCUUAUGCUGCCCGUGGGAAACCCAUUAUUACACGCCAGAUAUUCGAUGAAAUUCGUGACAAAAAUGUUGUCUUUUUCAAUGUUAUGAUCAGAAGCUACGUCAACAACAAUCUCCAUCAAGAUUCCCUGCUCGUUUACAUGAGCAUGUUGGUCCAUGGAGUUCUGCCUGAUAACUACACCAUUCCCUGUGUCCUUAAAGCUUGUUCGGGUUCUGAAAAUUUGCGGGUUGGGUGGCAAAUCCAUGCCUCCGUUGUAAAACUUGGGCUUGACUCGAAUCUUUUUGUGGGGAAUGGUCUAGUCUUCUUGUAUGGCAAAUGUAAUUACUUAGUUGAUGCCAGGCGUAUUCUUGACAGAAUGCAUAAUAGAGAUGUGGUUUCUUGGAAUUCUAUGGUUGCUGGAUAUGCACAAAAUGGGAGGUUUGACGAGGCAUUGGAGGUGUGCAAGGAAAUGGAGUUGCAGGGGCUAAAACCUGAUGCAGGUACCAUGGCGAGCCUCUCACCGGCUGUGACUCAUACAUCCACUGCCAAUGUCUCAUUUGUUGAGGAGAUGUUCAAUCAGAUGCCUAAAAAGGGCUUGGUUUCUUGGAAUGUGAUGAUAGCUAUAUAUGUGAAUAACUCCAUGCCAGCCAAGGCUGUGGAACUUUUUCGUCAAAUGGAAGCCAAUGAUGUAGAACCUGAUGCAGUAACCAUUGCUAGUGUUCUUCCUGCUUGUGGGGAUCUGUCAGCUCUGAUGCAAGGAAGGAAGAUUCAUGAGUAUGUUGUUACGAAGAGACUUUGCCCAAAUAUGUUUUUGGAGAAUGCAUUAGUAGACAUGUAUGCUAAUUGUGGCUGUCUUCAGGAUGCAAGGCAAGUGUUUGAUGGGAUGCAGCGCAGGGAUGUUGUAUCGUGGACCUCAAUGAUCUCAGCCUAUGGUAUGAAUGGGCAGGGUCAGCAUGCUGUAGCUCUAUUCUCAAAAAUGCAGGACUCGGGUCUGUCCCCUGAUCAAAUUGCCUUUGUUUCAGUUCUCUCGGCCUGUAGCCACUCGGGUUUGUUGGAUGAGGGGCGUUUCUACUUUAAAUUAAUGACUGAAAAAUAUAUGAUGGUUCCAAGGAUUGAGCACUAUGCUUGCAUGGUUGAUCUGUUAGGACGUGCGGGCCAAGUUGACGAGGCUUAUGGGUUCAUCAAGCAGAUGCCUACAGAGCCGAAUGAGAGAGUAUGGGGGGCAUUAUUGAGUGCUUGUCGAGUUUACUCCAAUACGAAUCUUGGGCUGGUUGCUGCUGAUCAUCUUUUCCAAUUGGUACCUGAGCAGGCUGGGUACUAUGUCUUAUUAUCCAACAUUUAUGCUAAGGCUGGUAGAUGGAAUGAUGUUGCAACUGUCCGCUCCCUGAUGAAGAACAAAGGAAUCAAGAAAUUGCCUGGUUGUAGCAAUGUUGAGCUUGAUGAUCGAGUGCAUACCUUUCUUGUUGGCGACCACUCUCAUCCUCAGUCUAAGGAGAUCUAUGCAGAGCUAGAUGUCUUACUUGGAAAGAUGAAGGAGCUAGGUUAUGUCCCUGAGACUGUUUCUGCCCUUCAUGAUGUCGAGGAGGAGGAUAAGGAAGGCCAUCUAGUUGUCCACAGUGAGAAGCUAGCCAUUGUAUUUGCCAUUAUUAACACCAAGCCUGGGACACCAAUCAGGAUUACCAAAAACCUCCGUGUCUGUGCUGAUUGCCAUAUUGCUGCCAAACUCAUCUCUAAGAUUUCUGAAUGUGACAUUAUUGUCAGGGAUACAAAUCGUUUUCACCACUUUGAAAGUGGGAUUUGUUCAUGUGGAGAUUAUUGGUGAGCCCUUGGGGACUUCACUCUUCAGUCAGGGUUGUCAAUCUAACUUGGUAGGGCACCACUUCACUCUGUUCUGACGAUCCAGCCCUGCAAUGAGGUGUUAUGAAGAUAGAGUCCUUUGACAGUAAUAUGGACCACACAAACCUGAUGUGGGAUAUGAAGGAAGCAAUCAAGGAUGAGAAAGCCCAGGGGACCAACAUCAUUGCCAUCAGAUGGGCAAGAUUUCAGAUUUGAAUGUUGGUUCAUAAACUAUAUUUUUUGCUUAGAUGUGUGGACCCGCCAAUAUGAAUAGAAGGGAAAUGCUGGCAACGUGGUAGAGCAUUAUUAAAGCCUUUUGACCUGCACAAGUACCUUUCCAAAGGAUUAGUUUCCUAAUGCCCAAAAGCACCUCACUGAAAGACAUAUUGGAUCCAUCCUGCGACGCCUUUUGUCAACUGGUUUAAUUGGUCGAGAGGAGAAAGAAUGAGAGCACCAUUUUCCAUUUCAAAAUCUCCCCUUUCUGACGAAAUGCCCCCCCCCCUUUGGACCAGGGAUUCUCUUCCCUGCCCAGUGACGACAUCUUCCCAGCCUCAGAGCUGCUUCUGGCCAUUUAUGACCAACAAGUCAGUUUCGGAUUGCUUCUAAAAUCAGCUGAUCAGUCUGAACUCAAUGGAGGCUGCGUUUGAACCAUUGCAGGCAACGUCCUCUCUAUCUCAAGCUCCGGCCAAGAAGUUAUCAGCGGCAGAGUUGCCAAGACCGUCACCAGAGUACCCAUAGACCAAUCUAGUGUUCAGCAUAUCAGGAGAAGCAGCAGCAACACCACCAGUAGCAAAGUGGGACAAAUUUUUCAUUUGAUAUUGCUUCUUCCUCGAAAGAGACGAUAGGGACAUCACAGGCCUAGCAUUUGUUAAGAUAUUAAAUAAAGUUUUGAGAUGUGGUCAUUGAAUUCUGGUAAAAACUUGUCUGCUAUGUCGAAUCCAAAAAUGCCUAAAUACUUGUAUUUUGAAUGUAAAAUAUUUAAAAAUAUUCUGGCAUUUGGUUUCUUUUUUCUGAUAACACAAAUGUCAAGCAAAAGUUUGAAAUAUAAGCUUUAGCGCCUUUAGUCUUAAAGCCCAAACUCAGUUUGAUGUCUUGAUUGGAAGCAUUUUGAGCUUGACAAUUUAGCCAAACGCAUGAUUGAAUUAA